GUGGCUAUGGCGGCCACUUGCAACAUCGAGGGGCGAGGCGGUGCUCUCGCCCAGCUCGGCUGUCUCUUUGUCGAUGUGAUUUCGACUCUCGUAACAUCUGCCGUGCAUUCUUUGCGUCUUCUACUUCCUGGUGCUUCCUCCAGGUCUGGGAAUUUCAAGCUGUAUCAAGGCCGGGUGUGGCACGAGCGUCGCCGGCCUAUUUUGCAUCGAUUCGAGUACAACGUGAGCUACGCGCUGGUGGAUCUUGAGAGGAUGCCGGAUUGGUUCCAGGCAAGAGCUGCGCUGCAUCAUCUCGGUCUUGAUCAAGCCCGGGAAAUUGCCGGGACAAAAGGUCCUGUCCAUCUAUUGACCAUACCAGCGAGCGUGGGAUAUGAGCAGAAUCCACUGAGCGUUUACUAUUGCUACGACAUAGAUGGAAGUUUGGCCAAGUGCAUUGCGGAGGUGACGAACACGCCCUGGGCCGAACGAGUGACUUUCGCUUUUGACCCUCAAUCGGAUAUGGUUCCAAAGCCACUCCAUGUCAGUCCCUUCAUGGACAUGCAAGGAACCUGGAGGAUUCAAGCGUCAAAUCCCGGUGAAGAACUGCAAAUCGCGAUUACUGUGCAGCAUGCGGAACUUGGGAACAACUAUUUCUCAGCAGUUUUAAAAGCCAAAAGAGUUGAGCAUACCAAGGCUGCUGAAGUUCUGUUCUGGCUGAUGCCUCACAAAGUCGCAGUUUGGAUUUAUUGGCACGCUGUUGUGCUCCUCAUAAAAGGUGUCCCAUUUAUCGCACAUCCUAAAUAUGUGGAUGGAAUUUUAUAUCGAGAAGUUGCAAAGGGGCGAGAUAAAAAACUGAAUGGGAAUAUAGAACGGUAUUGUAGAUGGCGGGAAGCGCAUUGCUGGCCUUGGAAGUAAGAGGGAAAAACAAAAAUUGUUAAGCUCUUAUUAAUUAAUUACUAUUAAUAAAUAUUAAUUUGUUGUGGUUA